AUUUUUGGUGGAAAAUGAAUAUAAAGUAGAUGGUUUUUGCUCGAGUAGGGAGAAAAUACAAGGAAAAGAAAAAACUAUGGUUAAUCCAAUAAAAGUAGAACCAAUUAUGUGAGGUAUAUGAAUCAUAACAUCACCCCUUAAUGAUUUCAGGGCAGAUGAUUCUUCCAUGGAUACGGGUAUAUGAGGUAUUGCUCCUUACUUUUGAUUUACGGGGAAGAAGAGUUACAGUUUCUGUUAUGUACACGAAUCAAUGCCCCUGAAUUAGGGGUUUAAUCUCGUAAGCACCCAAAAUCAAGUUAAAAUAAAAUAGAACAGAAUACCUUCGUAAUCGUUAAUACAUUUUGUUCAACAAUCACAAAUUGAUAAACUACUGUCCCAUAAACUAAUUAAGAAAUACUCCACUCUUUUUCGCAUUAGUAAUCCUUAAACACACUCUUUACUUCCUUAUUUUACUACGAGAUUCAAUUCCCCUAUUACUACGAGUAGUUUGACAAAAUUCCCUAAUUUUAUUACGACAUUCAAUUCAGCCGCCAUGGUCCACUGGCCUUCACUUCUCCUUCCACAACAGGCAAUCCCACUCCUGAAAUCCAGAUUCUGUUUUUGUCACAUCUGAAUCCCAAGAAUCUUCCCGCAGCCACCCUUUAUUCCAUUCACCAAAAUAUGACAACUUCUCAUCUAACCCAUAUUAAUUUGAUCCUCAACAGGCAAUUUCACACUCCAAAUUCUUCUCCUUGUAAUAUUAGUUCCAAAUUAAUCUCCCCCAGAAUCAUAAAGUACCCAUCUUUCUUAAUUUCAAUAACAACAUUACCUCUCUUCAAACCUAAUCUACACAAUGCUGCUCAAUCUGUUGUAAAAUGCUUUGCUAGAGAUGAAACCCAUGAUUCAAAACUCACACAACAAGGUCAAAAACAGGAGAAAAAGAGUUUUUGGGCAGCUGUUAGUCUGAUAAUAGGGACUGCUGUUGGUCCCGGAAUGUUAGGUUUACCAUCUGCAACCAUAAAAUCAGGACCAUUACCUUCCACCGUUGCUAUAUUACUAUCAUGGGUUUAUGUCAUUUCCUCCAUAAUAUUGGUUGCUGAGCUUAGUUUUGCUACAAUGGAGGAAGAUGGGGUCAAAGACGUAAGCUUUACUGGGUUAGCAAUCAAGGCUUUUGGUGCACAUUUUGGUGCAUUCGUUUCAAUUGUUUAUGCAAGCCUUAGUUUUUCUCUUCUUGUUGCUUGUGUUUCUGGUAUUGGUUCUAUUGUCUCUCAAUGGUUUCCUAGCUUAAAUAAUGUAGUAUCUCAUGGGAUUUUCCCUAUGUUUCUUGGAAGUAUCAUUUGGUUCUUCCCAUUUCGAGCAAUUGAUUCGACAAAUCGAUUUCUAUGCUUUAUGAUGCUGAUCUCAAUCAUUACUUUGGUGGGCAUUGGUGUUUCAGUUGCAAGAGCUAACUUGUUAAUUUCUUUGUCCAAUUCAUCUUGGCAUGUUUUCUCUAUUUUGCCUGCUAUUCCUGUCACUGUCCUUACCUUAGGGUUUCAUGUUAUUACCCCUUUUAUCUGUAAAGUUGCUGGAGAUACUAUUGAUGAGGCUCGAAAGGCGAUUCUCAUUGGUGGAACUGUUCCAUUGGUUAUGGUUUUGUCAUGGAAUCUUAUUGUGUUAGGACUUGCUGGAACUGGGACUGCUCAAUCAUCUUCAUUACAAGGAGACCCUAUCAAAUUGUUGCUGUCUGUUAAGUCUUCUGCUUUGUUUGCUGUCCAGGGCUUUGCAUUUUCUGCUUUGGCUACUAGCUUCAUUGGCUAUUCUGUUAGUUUUCCCAAGCAGCUAGUUGACACCUUGGAGUUGAUUUUCCGGUCUAGCAAUUCGGACAAUGAAUUGGGUGCUAAAGAAACAAUGAGGGAAACUAGGAUUCCAGAUGCAAGUGAUGGAUCAAUCUUGAGUGGAAGUAGUUUUAGGAACUUCGAGGGCUUGAUAUCUGUUGCUCUAUUUCUUGUUCCGGUUCUUGUUGCUUCCUUCUAUCCAUCAACAUUCUCGAGGGCUCUUGACUUUGCUGGGGUGUAUGCUAAUUGUUUUCUGUUUGGUAUUCUUCCUCCAGCCAUGGCAUAUAUUUUUAAAUCCAGGAGAAAACUCAGCCACAGGUCUUCUUUGCCUGGAGGAAAUGUGGUGCUUUUCCUCCUCUUUAGCACUGCUGUCAUACUGAGCAUCUGGCAUUAGAUAUAGCCAUGAUCAAGACUUUGAGAGCUCAGACUGUUUUGUCAAUUUCAAUGGAACUAGUUUUAGUUUUGCUUGGCUAAUGAUGGUUGGAGAUUAUCAUGAGGACGUCUCAGCAAGGAUGGCAUCGGUUUAUACUUCUCAUUUGGGGCUUAAAACUUGUCCAUUUAGCCAAGAGAAACCAUGGCUGCCUCAGCUUCCGGCUUCUGAUCAGUAACCUCUUGUUGUGGUGGAGCUGUUUCUGUUGAUGCAGGCUGCUGAGGAGUAACUUUCUUUGGCAUUAUAACAUGAAGGCUUUCAUCAGUGAACUUUGCUCGUAUGUCAUUCAUGUCACAACCCACUGGUAUUUUUGUUUCCUUGAGAAACCGGCUCCUCUUUGCCCCAUCUGCACUUGUUGGUCUUUCGCCACUUACUUUGAGGACUCCUUCUUUGCUAACUUGCACUCUCAGUUGAGUUUUCUUAAAGUCUACAUAUAUGCACACAUUAUCAGAAAAAGGGAUCAAUUUAGUUAGUUCAACUUCUGCAAAUCAUAAACAGGAAAAAACAAACUAGUAUAAGGGAUUAAGUAUGACAAUACCAGGGAGAUGGAUGAUCAAAGUCUCAAGACCUUCCUCUUUCUGCAAAUCACAAGCAGGAUUGAAAUCGACGUAGCAAGGUGAUGCUGGAACUGAAAACUUGGUUUUGUUUGCCAUUCUUUUUGCUUAAAUUAGAUGUUAAUGUUACUGAACAAACUGUUGAGAGAAGGAUGAUUUGAUUGUAUGAAUAAUUGAUUCAAGGGUCUUAUAUUUAUAGGUGUUGGUAUCUUUUA